AAUCGGGAGUUUCUGGAUUCUUUAUCCGGUGUUUUAAGUGCCGCAGGGGAGCUGUCGUUUGUGCAGUGUGUGGGAGCGGCUGGGGCGGGAGGAUCGCCGGCCGCCGUGGCGCAGAGAGUAAGAAAGUUAGCCUGAGUUAUGUGAAAAAACAGAGAAGAAAAGCUAAGAGGAUAGUAGACAAGUGCUUUCCAAUUUGCAUAACGUAUUUCCUUCAUGGAUACAUUUCAUAGCAUUAUUAUGUGAUGUGAGAAGUUUUUUGUUUUUUGUUUUUUUGAAGUAACAUGGAUUUUAUACUACAGAAUCAAGAAAUUGGCUUUAUAGGAGAAAUUGAUUUAUAAAAAAGUGGUACAGGUUUUUAUAGAUAACCAUGACAACAUCCCAUAUGAAUGGGCAUGUUACUGAGGAAUCAGACAGCGAAGUAAAAAAUGUUGAUCUUGCAUCACCAGAGGAACAUCAGAAGCAUCGAGAGAUGGCUGUUGACUGCCCCGGAGAUUUGGGCACCAGGAUGAUGCCAGUACGUCGAAGUGCACAAUUGGAGCGUAUUCGGCAACAACAGGAAGACAUGAGACGUAGGCGAGAGGAAGAAGGGAAAAAACAAGAACUUGACCUUAAUUCUUCCAUGAGACUUAAGAAACUAGCCCAAAUUCCUCCAAAGACUGGAAUAGAUAACCCUAUAUUUGAUACAGAGGAAGGAAUUGUCUUAGAAAGUCCUCAUUAUGCUGUGAAAAUAUUAGAAGUGGAAGACUUAUUUUCUUCACUUAAACAUAUCCAACAUACAUUGGUAGAUUCUCAGAGCCAGGAGGAUAUCUCACUGCUUUUACAACUUGUACAAAAUAAAGAUUUCCAGAAUGCAUUUAAGAUACACAACGCUGUCACAGUACACAUGAAUAAGGCCAGUCCUCCUUUUCCUCUUAUCUCCAAUGCACAAGAUCUUGCACAAGAGGUACAAACUGUUUUGAAGCCAAUCCACCAGAAGGAAGGACAAGAAUUAACUGCUUUGCUAAAUGCUCCACAUAUUCAGGCACUUUUAUUGGCCCAUGAUAAGGUCGCUGAGCAGGAAAUGCAGCUAGAGCCCCUUUCAGAUGAAAAAGUUUAUGAAAGCAUUGGCCAGUAUGGAAGAGAAACUGUAAAAAUAGUUCGUAUUGAAAAGGCUCGAGAUAUUCCACUGGGUGCUACAGUUCGUAAUGAAAUGGAUUCUGUCAUCAUUAGUCGAAUAGUAAAAGGAGGUGCUGCAGAGAAAAGUGGUUUAUUACAUGAAGGAGAUGAAGUUCUGGAGAUUAAUGGCAUUGAAAUUCGAGGGAAAGAUGUCAAUGAGGUUUUUGACUUGUUGUCUGAUAUGCAUGGUACUCUGACAUUUGUUCUGAUUCCCAGUCAACAGAUCAAGCCGCCUCCAGCCAAGGAAACAGUAAUCCAUGUGAAAGCUCAUUUUGACUAUGACCCCUCAGAUGACCCUUAUGUCCCAUGUAGAGAGUUAGGUCUAUCUUUUCAAAAGGGGGAUAUACUUCAUGUCAUCAGUCAAGAAGAUCCAAAUUGGUGGCAAGCCUACAGAGAAGGGGAUGAAGAUAAUCAGCCUCUAGCAGGGCUCGUUCCAGGAAAAAGCUUUCAACAGCAAAGAGAAGCCAUGAAGCAAACAAUAGAGGAAGAUAAGGAGCCAGAAAAAUCAGGAAAACUGUGGUGUGCAAAGAAGAAUAAAAAGAAAAGGAAAAAGGUUUUAUAUAAUGCCAAUAAAAAUGAUGAUUAUGACAAUGAAGAGAUCUUAACUUAUGAGGAAAUGUCACUUUAUCAUCAGCCAGCAAAUAGGAAAAGACCGAUCAUUUUGAUUGGUCCACAGAACUGUGGCCAGAAUGAAUUGCGUCAGAGGCUCAUGAACAAAGAAAAAGACCGAUUUGCAUCUGCAGUUCCUCAUACAACUCGGAGUAGGCGAGACCAUGAAGUAGCUGGUAGAGAUUACCACUUUGUUUCACGGCAAGCAUUUGAGGCAGACAUAGCAGCUGGGAAGUUCAUUGAACAUGGUGAAUUUGAGAAGAAUCUGUAUGGAACCAGCAUAGAUUCUGUACGGCAAGUGAUCAACUCGGGCAAAAUAUGUCUUCUAAGUCUUCGUGCACAGUCAUUGAAGACUCUCCGGAAUUCAGACUUGAAACCAUAUAUUAUCUUCAUUGCACCCCCUUCACAAGAGAGACUUCGUGCAUUAUUGGCCAAGGAGGGCAAGAAUCCAAAGCCUGAAGAACUGAGAGAAAUCAUUGAGAAGACUAGAGAGAUGGAGCAGAACAAUGGACACUACUUUGACACGGCAAUUGUGAAUUCAGAUCUUGAUAAAGCCUAUCAAGAAUUGCUUAGGUUAAUUAACAAACUGGAUACUGAACCUCAGUGGGUGCCAUCCACUUGGCUCAGGUGAGGGAAGCAUCCAUUGUGCGGCAUGAUUGGACCUGAUCUGGCAGCUUGCCACUAGGACGGUAACCUCGAUACUUCAGCAAGACCCUGAGUGUAGGGGGAAGGCCAAGUAAGCUGUUCUUUGAUCUCAAACUAGGGAGAAGAAAAUCCCCGUAGGCUAUUUGUGCAUAGCAGUCUGUCUUCUGUAUACAUGGCUUAAGAGGUUCUUGCCUCCUCUGGGGAUUCUAAGUGGAAGCUUUCAACAGACCAGUUUCAUUUUAUUCGUGUAAAAACUUUAAUUCUGUUUUCACCUAA